GGGCGCCAACCUGGCCCAGCUGCAGAGGCAGGAGCCCACGUGUGAACUACACUUUGCAAAAAAGAAAACAACGGACUGAACCGCGCACGUGGAUUUUCCGAGCUGGCGUCGCUGGGGAGCGAGCAACGCAAAGCCACUGUGGACUAGAAGGAGAAGAAGGGAAAAACCCCAGCAACCUGGUUCUGGCUGGGAUCCACCUGCUCCCAUCCGGUGUGCUGCUGAUCAAGGUGCGCUGCUGCUGCUGCUGCUCCCGCCGCUGCCGCCCUACUUGGCAAUUUACCCCAGAUAGUUUCCCACACAGAGACACACACACCUGACAGAGGAUCACCAAGAUGGAGCUACAGAAUAUGGGAGAGGACGCAAGCACCGAGAAGCUCAAUGGGACCUUGCCUGAUAGUGACAAGGCUGCUGUCCUGGAAGAUGGCUAUGAGGAAGAAGAGCGUGCUUUGACUGAGGAAGAAGAGUUCCUGCCCCACAUUGCUAGCAAGAAACUGAACCAGUUCACUGACUUUGAGGGGAAGACGUCCUUCGGCAUGUCGGUCUUCAACCUGAGCAACGCCAUCAUGGGCAGCGGCAUCCUGGGCCUGGCCUACGCCAUGAGGAACACGGGGAUCGUCCUUUUUGUGGUGCUUCUGAUCUGCAUUGCUUUGCUGUCCUCCUACUCGAUCCACCUGCUGCUGAAAUGCGCUGGUGUUGUGGGAAUUAGAGCCUACGAACAGCUGGGGCUCCGGGCUUUUGGCCACGGGGGCAAAGUGGUUGCAGCUGUGAUAAUCUCGAUACACAACAUAGGAGCAAUGUCCAGUUACUUGUUUAUCGUUAAAUCUGAGCUGCCACUCGUGAUCCAAACUUUCUUAGGGCUGUCAGGGGACAACGGAGAGUGGUACAUGAACGGGAAUGUCUUGAUCAUCAUUGUAAGCGUUUGUGUCAUCCUGCCCCUGGCUAUGAUGAAACAUUUGGGUUAUCUUGGUUAUACCAGUGGACUCUCCCUCACCUGUAUGUGUUUCUUCCUCAUCUCGGUGAUCUACAAGAAAUUUGAGAUUCCCUGCCCCCUCAAUGGGACGCACUCUGAAAAGCCCCCCGUCUACUAUAAUGGGAACAAUGGCACUUUGGGGUCUGAUGAUGACGAUGAUGAUGUCUGUGCUGCUGAAGUCUUCACUGUCAACUCCCAGACGGCGUACGCCAUCCCCAUCCUGGCAUUUGCCUUUGUCUGCCAUCCAGAGGUUCUGCCCAUUUACACUGAGCUGCGCAGGGCCUCCAAGCGCCGGAUGCAGAAUGUAGCAAAUGUCUCCAUCCUCGCCAUGUUUGUCAUGUACCUGCUGACCGCCAUUUUUGGCUACCUCACUUUCUACGAGAGUGUUGAAGCAGAGAUGCUGCACACUUAUAUCAAAGUUGACGCCAUGGACAAGCUCAUCCUUUCUGUGCGGUUGGCUGUGCUGCUGGCUGUGACCCUCACGGUGCCUGUGGUUCUGUUCCCAAUCCGCAGGGCCAUCCAGCAGUUGCUGUUUCACAAAAAGGAUUUCAGCUGGGUCCGCCAUGUCAUCAUUGCCUGCUGCCUCCUCGUUAUUGUCAACCUUCUUGUCAUCUUCGUGCCAAACAUCAAGGACAUUUUCGGAGUCAUUGGAGCCACGUCGGCCCCCAGCCUCAUCUUCAUCCUUCCGAGUAUCUUCUACAUCCGCAUUAUCCCCAACGAGAAAGAGCCCCUGAGAUCCAGAUCCAAAAUACAGGCCGCCUGCUUUGCUGCCCUCGGCUUCGUUUUCAUGGUGAUGAGCCUCAGUUUCAUCAUUCUUGACUGGGUAACGACAGGGAAGAGCAGCGGAGUGGGGCACUAACCCCCUCCGUGUCCCCCCCCCCCAAAGACACAGUGGUUCUUACCAUGGAGGACCGUUUACUGACAAGAGACGUGCCAUCAUCCUGUUCAUCCUCGCUCAUCCUGGAACGGCACCUCCUGUCCAUUGCUGUGGGGAAGUGGCGGAAGGCACCCUUCGUCGUCACGACAGAGUAACCUGGAACGGCACCGGGGGGGGGGGGGCUUCUCUUUGGCCCUUCUGGGCUCUGGGGCCACGAAACAGGUGAUUGGAAAGAGGCUACCUGUUGCCACAGAGCUCUCCUCGUCGGUCGGUUUUGGUGCUAUGACAACCCGCGUGACCGUUACAUGCUUUUGGCUCCUAUGGUAGCAGCACAGAGCUCCUGGCCUUCUUUGGCAGUCAGGCUGUGGCCAGCCAUUGCUUGUCACAACAAAACUGCACAGAGUUUGGGGUUUAUACUUUUUGUGGGGGACGGGGGUGGGCCCAGGAUAAUAGCGCUCUCUUCUCGCAUGCUCUCUGUCUGUCUCAGCAUUUCGUCAUUGUUGCCAUUGCGGGAGGAAACUCUGGGUGUCCCUCUUUUGUCAUUGCAGCAGUGGCGCCCGGCUGUCUCCUGUGUUUUGUUGCCAAGCAUGCAAACAGGCUCCUGCUCUUUUCGCUGCCAUAGAGGCAGAGCCUCCACCCUCACUUCUCUGUUCCUCUGCUUGGUACCAACUAUGCCCGCUGUGCCUGGGGGUUGUAGCCCCGAGUCGGAGUGCCAAAAGCCAACUGUGCCCCUAGUGGACAAUCUUAAUUUAUUUGCUAAUAUUUAAUUUGGACCUGGCUACCAGACCAAAGAUUACAAAGAUAACCACCCUGGUGUCGUCAUAGUUCGUGUCAGGGUUUCUGUUUUUUCCCCUGAUAGGGCCGAGGUCUGGGGUGUUGAAGCGAGGGAGGGUGGGCAGGCUCUUCCCAGCUCUUAGGUGGAUGUGGUGUUAACAGCAGGAGGUUUUGAAAGAAGGUGUUGAAGGUAGCAGGAGGGAAAUGGCUAGGUGGAGGUGGAGUCCCCUCAUCUCGUCGCUUAGGAGAAGGUCCUUGUGCUGUCCUGUUGCAGAUCCUAAGGCCACCCCGGAAAGAUUCAUUCUUCUUAAUGCUGAAAUGCUGCCAGGUUGGUUCUCUUUGGAAAACUCCCUGAGCUUCACUAUUGACUCUCCUAACAUUAGGCUGAGGCUUCUCUCUUUUGCCCUUUUCAGCCUUACUCUUGAGGUAGGCUGAGGCAGCUUUUUCCGCAGCACAAUGCAUUACAAUUGACACUAAUGUACAGCAAGCAUAAAUAGGUCCAGCUGAAGGACAUUCAAGCAAACCAAGGAGAAAUGUUUACACUACGGGUACUUCCGUAUUAGGCAUUUAGUGUGGAACAGCUACACUUUGUUUACGAGCUUUUCAUACAUGAUGGCAUCGUCAAAUUGUCUUCCUCCUGCAAUUUUUACCUAUGCAACUUCCUUCUGUCUUCUCUCAGACUACAGAUUUUUUUAAACAAACUAACUAACUAACUAACAGGAUCAAAGGGCAGUCUUUACACUUGCAGAUCACCUUAACCCCAAUUUUCUAUCUGCUAUAAAGAUGUCACUGUGACCUUUCUGGUUGGUAACAUUUUAGCCAGCUGUCAAUCUUCUAAUUUGCUCCUUCUGCCUAUGUUGUUUUUAAAAAAAUUAAAAUAGUUACGCAAAAGCACUUAAAUGAAAAAGGUACUUUAGUGUUGUUGGUUUUUUAAAAAACAAAACCAGACUCCACACACUGCCAUUCUCCUUUUCGCAUUCAGUGCCAUUCGAUUUCUUUGGUGUUUUUAAUUUAGUUUUUUUUCUUACUUUAUAACACCGAAGUGAUCUUGCAACGACACUGAAUUUCUACAAAGCACUUUUACAAAAAUGAUUCAAAAAUCAAUUGGAGGCAAUUGCUAUAAGAUGCUAUUCUCGGGUGAAUUGUUGCUCCCUUUUCUGCAUGGUUGUGUUAGGUGUAAAAAGAACAUCGUUGCCUGUGCAUGCGCAGAAAUUGCAAUUCCACCCCCCUCCAAAGCACAGGAAGCCUAUUGCAGCUGUGCAGCUUAAAGCAGAAGAGCAGUGCUUGGUCAGUGUUGGGAGCCACCAGCCUGAAAGUCCCUUAUGAUCCUUCCCCAUUCAAUGCCAUUUCUUCCUUUUCCUGCACCCCUUCCCCCAGCCUGCAAUCCUUUCUUCAUUUUCUCUUUGAACCCUGUUGAAAAACAACAGCCUAGAGCUGAACUACAGCCUGCUAGAGCCCCGAUGUAUUUUGCCAGUUGGGUCAGAGCAGUCCCUACAGGGUGGCAUGGCCGUUCUCAGGCAGGGCUGUUUUAAAGGCAGCAAAUUAUCAACUAUAGCCUUCAUUUCUGCCGCUGUGCCAGAGCGAAAGGGGAUCGCGCCCAUUGGGUUUUCUGCCCCCCAGCACCAAAGUGCAGUGGACUGUAUUACACUUUGGACGUUUAGCGUCAAGGUGAAAUGAAGCAGUGAAAUGGAAACUGGGGUUCCAUCCUCUUCUGUCGAAUUCCCUUUGCCCGUCUGGCAAAGAACUGUUCCAGGGCAGUUUUCUGGAUCUGGAACCUUCUCCAUUUCAGUGUCCUCCUGUCUCUCGUCUUACAUCUCCAGUUAUUUUGUCUUUUCCUCCUCAUUUGUCCACCCCCUUUUAACACAGAUAUCAGAAAUCAUCCUGGCCUCCGUGCCAGUACCCAAGGAUGCUGCCGUUACCAUGGCAACAACGCUUCCUUCCUUUUCCAUAUAUUAAUGUUCCUUUGAGUGGCGUUGUGCGAGUGUUGAACUAGUUGUGGCCAUGCCUUGCUAUUGCUGGUGGGUGGCAAUCUGUGAAGGCUGGUCACCAGCCACAACUGGUAACCACUUAGAAUCAUGGACUUGAAAGGGAUCUAAAAAGAUCAUAGAAUCAGAGUUGGAAGAGACCACAAGGGCCAUCCAGUCCAACCCCCUGCCAAGCAGGAAACACCAUCAAAGCAUUCCUGACAGAUGGCUGCCAAGCCUCCGCUUAAAGACCUCCAAAGAAGGAGACUCCACCACACUCCUUGGCAGCAAAUUCCACUGCCGAACAGCUCUCACUGUCAGGAAGUUCUUCCUAAUGUUUAGGUGGAAUCUUGUUUCUUGUAGUUUGAAUCCAUUGCUCCGUGUUCGCUUCUCUGGAGCAGCAGAAAACAACCUUUCUCCCUCCUCUAUAUGACAUCCUUUUAUAUAUUUGAAAAAUGGCUAUCAUAUCACCCCUUAACCUUCUCUUCUCCAGGCUAAACAUACCCAGCUCCCUAAGCCGUUCCUCAUAAGGCAUCGUUUCCAGGCCUUUGACCAUUUUGGUUGCCCUCUUCUCAACACGUUUCAGAUUGUCAGUAUCCUUCUUGAACUGUGGUGUCCAGAACUGGACACAGUACUCUAGUUACUGAUAAUCUAGUUCAGUGUGAUACAGGAAAUCCAAUGCUGUGGCACCUCUGAUAAGUGACCGUCCUGCAUCUCCUUUGAAACCUCUUAAGAAAGGAGUGUCCACUAUCUUCCUAGGCAGCGUGGGGACGGCUUUUACAGUCAGGAAGUUAUGGUUAGUCAAAAAUUCUCUUUUUGUUUUUGUAAUCUAUUUGGUUUGGAUCUAUGGAUGAUGGAACUAAUUCAUGCCUUCCAAAUACUUGAAGGUAGGUAGGAGAUCACCUUCUAUGGACUGCAGAGAUGGUGGUCACCAUACGUCAGGGGUGGCAAACCAGACAUUGCUGGACUGCAACUCCCAUCAUUCCUGAUAGUUGCCCUUACUGACUGGAGCAGAUAAGACUUGGGGACAGAUAUCCCCACCCCAAGCCUACCAUCACAUGCUCCCAAGCAGGAUUUGAAAAUAGUACAUGAUGAUAAAUCUCCCCUUGACCAUGUUUCCUCUAUCAUCAAUAAUAAGCCAUUAAUAACAUAUAUAUAAAACCAAUGUUUUAGAUGCAUUAAACUUUAUCUGCUUCUUUUACCUGCCUCCAUUAACUUAACGACAAUCUUGGGAGCUCAAUAUUUUCUAUUUUCUUUUCCCUGCUAGCUUUUCUUCUUUGGACAGAUUGGGAAACUGAGAUCCUUGGUGGCUUAGUUUAAUGGUCUUGACUCAUUUUCUUUCUUUCUUUUGUAAAUCUUAUUUAUUGAUUUUGCACACACAAAAACCAAGAAAAAACAAAAACAAAAAAAGACCAUUAGUUAUCCAUUGAUUUCCCGUCCUCCUCUUCCAUGGUUUCAAUAUUUACCUUUAGAUGCUGCCUAUUUCGCAUAUACUAUUCAGUGUAUACAUUUUAACCUAUUUAUCUCAAUAAUUUACGCUGAUGCUCAUAUUUCAAGUCCUGCUCGCGUUUUAAUGCUCGCUAUAAUAGUUCUUUAAAUGCUCAAUAAAAGGUCUCCAGUCCUCAAGGAAUAUUCCAUCAUUUUGGUCUCUAAUCUUUGCUGUUAAUCUUGCCAGUUCUGCAUGUGUUUUCAAAAGCCAAUCUUCUUUUGUUGGAACCUUUCCUUCUUUCUAUCUUUGGUCUUUGGGCAUACAAUAUUCGUGCUGCUGUUGUUAUAUACAUAAAGUUAGCCAAUUCUUUUGAUACAUCGUUAUUUAUAAUUCCUAAAAGAAAAGCUUUGGGUUUCUUGGGAAACCAUCAACAUGAACAUCUUUUUAAUCUCAUUAUAUAUCAUUUCUCAAUAGUCUUGACUAUUCCAAUUUCAUUGGAGUUGUGCAGAUACCAUGACGUGUAAUUCCUGCUGCUAUAGUUUAGGUAAUUUGGGGAGGGGGGGGCUUUUUAAGAAUCACAAGAGUUGCAGAAGGCUUUCUCAUUCAAUCCUCUGCUCAGUGUAGGAAAUCCAGAGAUCUAGAACAACUCUCAACAGAUGACUGUCUCUGCUUGAAGGCUUCCAGCCAGAGAAGCCUGCCCCAUUGGUUCCAUUGUCAAAGUGAUUUUGCUGCCAAAAGGUUUUUCCUAAUGUUAAUCCAAAAUCUACCCUCCUGUAACUUAAACCCCUGGUAUCUAGUCCUGUUCUUUAGGACUUCAGUCUUUGUCCUAUCCAUAGCUGCCAAGUCUCCCGUAUUCCCCAGAAAACCCCCAUUUUUCCAGCUGUCCCCAGCCGAAAAAAAACGGAUUUUUUUGUUUUUUCCUGGUUUAUUCUGGCGCGGUGGCCAUUUUGGAACUGGGCGGAGCAUGCUCAGAAGUGACUUUUGAUGCUGCUCUGCCCAGCUCCAAAAUGGCUGCAGCACGACUUCUGGUGCGACGGCCAUUUUGGAACUGGGCACAGCAGCAUCGAAAGUCACUUCUGAGCAUGCUCCGCCCAGUUCCAAAAUGGCGGCAGCGCUACUUCCGGUAUGCUACUUCCGGUCCGGUCCCUUAUUUUUCAGAGAGGAACUUGGCAGGUAUGGUCCUAUCCCUGUGAGCAUAGCGUGUAUGCCCAAGUUGUUACUUACUAGUCGCACAUGGCACCAUCAAUGUGCUUGGCGUAACUUAAGCAAGAAUAAUAAUAAAAAUAGGUCCCUGCCACAAAGAGCUUGCAAAUACAAAAUUUAGAUUAAAUUGGAAAUGGUUAAGCUAGAAAUAUUAGGGUUCCUACGCCUUGUGGAAGGAGGAGUUUUAAAUCAGAGGCUUAUUGCAUACUCAGAUGUUAUCUGAGUAUGUUAUCAGCUAUAUCUGCCAAAAUACCUACACAACUUUUUUAAAAAGUACAGUAGUACCUCAGGUUACAAACGCUUCAGGUUACAAACGCCUCAGGUUACGGACUCCGCUAGCUUGGAAGUAGUACCUCGGGUUAAGAACUUUACCUCAGGAUGAGAACGGAAAUCGCACGGCGGCAGCAGGAGGCCCCAUUAGCUAAAGUGGUACCUCAGAUUAAGAACAGUUUCAGGUUAAGAAGGGACCUCCGGAGCGAAUUAAGUUCUAAACCAGAGGUACCACUGUACAAGAACCCUAAUGGUGAAGGACUGGCCAUUCCCAGGUUAACAGUGUAGUCCUAUGCAUGUGAAGUAAGCUUCAUUUAGUUCUAAGGGGCAUACUACUAAGUAUGGUUGCAUAAGAUUGCACAUAAACUGCUUUCCAGAUCUGAAACAGCCCACAACUCUGUGAUCCACCUGCAAAGGGUCCCUGGGGGUCAGAGCUUCUAAGCAGAAGUAUAAUUAUCACGGAUCUUCUCAUACAGCAAUAAGAAUUGUCCAUUCCUGUGGGCAUCCUACCGUCAUAUUCCAUUUUACCUCCACCACAAUAUACUUUUAUUUGGGACAGUCUUUAGCAAAUGGGUGUUCUGUCGAGAGGUUUUCUUCUGAGUUUGCCUUCCGGUUUGUGCUGUUGUCGCUUCCUUUGUGCACAGCUUGCCUCUGUCUACCCAGAGCCCCCCUCCAUAUUGGUGUUUUAUUGCAGGUGUGUUCUGCUGCAUGCUCUUGACACGGUAAUGGAUUAAUGGUGGGUUUUUCCUGCUUUUGUUUCUUACGUGACACUUGCCCAGUGCGACCACAUUUUUGCUACAAAUAACCUAUAACACAUCAGUUGUGGUAUAAACAGUUGUGGGAUUUCAGCAGGAAGUUACAGGAUGCUCGCUGAUUGGAAAUGAAGCAGCGUGACCACCCCAAAACGUUUUCAGGCACACACAGUAUUGAUUCUGUACGACCACAAAUAAUCAUGAAUGUGCAAUCAAAAGGAUGCCUUCGGGCAGGCUAAGUUGUAUGUAAUGUUCCUAUCAGAUGACCUCAACAUGUGGACCUGUUUAACAGAAAUUUGAUCUACUACAUGCAUGUUUGCUAGUAUGUAUACCGAGCUUUGGAAUUCUGAAAUUGUACAGCGUUUGGGAGCUAUGGAAAUGCACACUUUGAAACGAAGAUUUCCACACAAGUGGCGUCCUCUCCUGAAACCACUCGAGGAGGAGCUACUUGUCCACACAACACAGUCUACCUGGUUUCAUCAGACAUAUAUUGCGGAACAGAUCCUGCAUCGCUUCAAAAGCCAUGCCACUGCUACUUCUAGGUGCCCAGUGGUGGACCUAGAGGCCUCCUGAAACCCAUGUCUCUCUGCACCCAAGGAGUGCUUGUAUAUUUUGCCCUUGAGGUGCUCACCAUCCCAUUGCUGAGUCCACCGGAUGGUCAUUUUGAAACACCAGAGGAGAUAAGAAGCAUAUUACAGUUGUCUAGAUCAGUGGUUUUCAACCAGUGUGCCGUGGUACUCUGGGGUGCCUUGAAUGGUGGUCGGGGUGCCAUGGGCAACGCUAGUCUCCGUCGCUCUUUCCUUCCCUCCCUCUUCUGAUGCCCUUUCAUGUCUCUGCCUCCCAAAGGCUUGCACAGCUGUUUGUUGCAGCAGCUCUGGCUGCAAGCUCCCCAGGCGAAUGGUGCCUCUAGAGCUGGCCAGGGGGUGCUGGUUGCUAGGAGCUAAGGCAACCUUGGAGUAUGCAAGCAAGCGGGCGAGGGAGCCCAGCCAUUCAGUCCACCAGAUCUUGCUGUUGGGAAUGGGCAAGAGAAAUGGGAGGCCUGGCAGGCAGUGGCUGCGCUGGCCUUCCUUGUGCUUGCUGUGCGAAAGGCCGGCAUGGGAGCUGAAUGCCUGGUGCUGAGGGGAGCCUUUCCACCUUGCAGGCUGCUGCUGCCAUUGAUGCUUCCCAAGGUAAGGUGCUGGUCUCAUGUUCACCUUUGGCUAGUCUCUGUUGAGCCUCUAAGGCUGGGGACAACCUCUUCCCAGGCCCCUGUGGGGCAGUGUGAGGAGGCACCUCUCUUUGGGCAGAUGGGGCAGCCCAGAGGACUCCCGGGGAGAGGAGAGGGGGCUGAGGGAACCCUCCACAAAGGAGGGUAUUCGAAAAAGGGUGAGAGGCUGCCAGCUCUGCAGGGAAGGGGUGACCUAACUGGGCUCCUGAGCCCCACAGGGGUGCCGCAGAAAGAAUGGAGUUGGUCAAGGGAGCCAUGGACUCAAAAAGGUUGAAAAUCUCUGGCCUAGAUAGUAGCUGCUGCCUUCUUCCAGAUCUAGUUAGACUGGGACCAGAAGCAAGGAGAAUGCUAGAUAGGGCACCUGGCUGAGAGCACCCACCUCUACUGAGCCAAUCACCCGACUGGAGGGUCCAUUCCUACAAUUGAUGGGAUAGGCCUCCCUCUCUCACACACACUACCUGUUCAGAUCCCCACCUUUAUUUUUCUCCCCGGCUUCAUAGGUAUAUCUCGCUACAAACGCAUCUUCCCCACUCGUGUCCAGGUGGCCUGUAACUUUCUGUCCUUCCCUCUCUCCCUUCUCCCCAUGUCUGAAAAUCUCUGGAACCUUUUUAACGUAGACUCAAGGGCUCUAUUUCUGCUUGGGGGGUAGGGGAGGGGUUGGGAUUCAAGGGAGGAGGGAACACAAAUUCAAAAUGUGAAAUGGAUGUAAGGACACAGUAUUUGUAUAAUUUUGGAAUGCAAUAAAGAAUGACUGACUUUCCAAUGA